AAUGUAUUUUCCGGACGGUUCGUGUAGUGCGGUACACAAGUCGAUGUGUGUGGAUUACAGUGCUGCUGUGAAAUAUUGACACACCCAGUUUGUUUUUCUUGUCCAAUGGGCUGACAGCGGGGGUGGACCAAAAUGUUGAGUGACAUUCCUCGGGACGCCCUCCUCCGCCCUCUCACCCGGAAUGAGGUGGUGGGGAUGUUGGUGAGACUGACCAUCUUUGGAGCUGCAACAUAUUACAGCAUCAAAUGGGUGGUGGAGGCUUUUGACCCGACACAAAAACAAAAAAACCAGGCCAAGAAAAGGGCAGAGCAGUUGAUGAAGCAAAUAGGUGUAGAGGGCGUCAGUCUGACGGAGUAUGAAAUGAACAUCGCAACUCUUCUUGUCGAUCCACGCAGCAUCAAAGUAACCACCAAUACUGUUGUAGUGACCUGGAGAGAUGUUGCUGGACUAGAUGAGAUCAUCUCAGAGCUGCAAGACACUGUCAUCUUGCCUUUCCAGAAACGUCACCUCUUUUGUGGUUCCAAGCUCUUGCAACCUCCCAAAGGUGUACUAUUGUAUGGGCCACCAGGAUGUGGAAAGACUUUAAUUGCGAAAGCAACAGCGAAAGCAUCUGGAUGCCGCUUUAUUAAUCUCCAGGCCUCCACUUUGACUGAUAAGUGGUACGGCGAAUCGCAGAAGCUGACUGCUGGUGUAUUCUCACUGGCUGUCAAGAUUCAGCCCUGCAUCAUUUUCAUUGAUGAAAUAGAUUCAUUCUUGAGGAAUCGUUCCAGUAUGGACCAUGAGGCCACCGCUAUGAUGAAAGCCCAGUUCAUGAGUCUGUGGGAUGGACUAGACACAAACGCAAGCAGCCAGGUAAUGGUGAUGGGGGCCACAAACAGACCACAGGAUGUGGAUGCAGCAAUACUGCGCAGAAUGCCCACAACCUUUCAUGUAGGCCUGCCUAAUGCAGCUCAAAGAGAAGAAAUCCUUAGACUUAUUCUGUCUGGAGAAAAUUUAAGUAAUGCAAUUAACCUGAAAGAAAUAGCGGCUCAAACCGAGGGCUACUCCGGCAGUGAUCUGAAAGAGCUUUGCAGGGACGCUGCCAUGUACCGCGUUAGAGACUAUGUCCGCAAACAGCAGAUGAAACAGAUCGCACAACAGUUCCAGCUGGAUGAAGAAGAGCAUGUGGACAGCACGCAGCUGAGGCCCGUGACUCAACUGGACCUGCUGUUUGGCCUAGAUAAGAUGAGAGAAUCCAAACAGGCUACAGCUGACCCAGCAAAUCUGAGAGAGGUGCCUCUGGACUGAAAACCUCUCACUUUACACGCUCAUACACUCAUUUUAUCUCUCUCACUUCUUUCUUUCUGCCUCAUCUUUUGCCUUUCCUUUUUAAAUUAUUUUUCUUCGUCUUUCACAUUUGUUACAUCUUAAACAUUUUAAGUUUGCACUAUAAUGAAUUUACAGUCAGAUACUCAACAGUAACCAUGUGCAUAUUUAUAAGAACAGUAGUCAUUAAUAGUACACACACACUAAAUGGAGUUUCAUUAUUCUUGAGCAUUUUAAAUUGUUUAAGUUAUUUCUGUUAUGAUCAACUGUUGGUUGCAUAUUGUGUAGAAGCAGA